CCCAAAGUCCAUAUCCCGUUUUGGGCCUCGCGGUUCCUGGCAACUCGCAUCGUCAUCAUGUUCCCCGACCUUCCCGUCGACCCCGAUCGGCCAAAGCUGUUUUUGUCAAUAUGUAAUGCAGAUGGAUCCGAUAGAAGCGAACACCCCGCCGGCAGAGUCAUCUCGGGCCAUUACCUCAACCAUAAGGCCCAGGUGAUCGUCCCUGUUCCCGAGGGAUACGACCAAGAUUCUGUUAGGCAUGCUUUCGAAGGCUUUGCGCCCUUCUUCUUUUACCGCGCAAGGAUUGGCUUGUCGUUCUUUCUUCAACCCGAGAUCCUCAAAGCCAUCAAGCGAGGCAGCUUCCGCGCUAUGAAUCUGGAUGCCAAGAUCGAUGCCAGUGAUGUGUUUGCGCUGCUGCCCGAUGGGAUACUCGUCCUCAGCGUCGAGAAAGACACAUAUGAAACCCUGGGUCUGGUUGGGGAACAUAGCAGAUUCUCCAAGGGACAUCGUUUUGUCAUCAAGAUCGAUCUAAAAUCCACAAAGUUCAAGCCGGGAAGCAAACUCUAUGAUCGCGUCGAGUGGUGCUUUACGCACACGCUCACUAGAACGUUUACUUUUGUGAUUGCCGCCGUCGAGGAAGAUGGAGCUCCUAUGGAUAUCGGGUUCCCAGACUCGGCUCACGCACAAAAACUAGAGCCCAAGGUUGAGGUGGAGCUGAUUGAAAAUGCCGAGGUGCCCUUGUGGACACAGGCCGGCUCUGCCCUCGAAAGCCCCGACGAAAGCGCCAACAUCAAGCAGAGUCUGUUGGACCUGCAUGAAUGGCUUGGCUUGGUUGCCUGUGGCCAGUUGAGAGUUCUGCAUGUCGACCCUUUCAUUUCGGUCUAUCGACCACCCGAGCCCAAUCAACGCGGAUCGGUUAUGAAAUUGACUUGGACGGGCAUGCUGGUCGCCGAGAACCUCUUCGAGCUCUCGAGUAUUGUCAGGUCGUUCGCGUCCAAGCACAAUAGCUGGGCAUCACUAUUGGUGUGGGGAUUCCGUGACUCCCCUGUCUCGUGGAAGCAUGCCGAGCACGGCCACCUGGACUGCGGCGAGAACGACUAUGUGAUUGCAUUUGCCAACGACAUGGCCUUCACCUUUCAGGCCCUGGGCUCGCAUGACACUUACACCUUCUGAGCCCCUCACGUUGGCUCCGGAUACCACCACCGCUACCUUCACAUUCAAAAGUUUUCAUGGGGCUGUGCAUGUUGAUUAGCGUAGCUUAUUUGGGGAUGGUCUGUUUCCACCUGGCAAUUAAUGAGUCCUUGGGGUACGACCAUUCCAUCGUCUCCAUCAUUCGAGCUGGCUUUCGCCUUGCCGAAAAUACAUGCUCACAGCGACACUCCGGCCGUAACUGUCACUCCGUGAGCUCCAAUUCGAUGGGUCCAAAUGCCACAUCUUGCCUUGGCG